AUGCCUGUGCCGGCCCACUUGUUUCCUUGCCCGUGGUGGGUAGCCGGGUUGUGUACUUCCCUCAGGGCCACAGCGAGCAGUUUUUUUGGUGAAUUUCUUCAGGUUGCAGCAUCAACAAACAAGGAAAUGGAGUCUCAGAUCCCCAAUUAUCCUAAUCUGCCGCCACAGCUUAUAUGCCAACUGCAUAAUGUGACGGUGCAUGCUGAUGCAGAGACAGAUGAGGUAUAUGCACAGAUGACACUGCAACCACUCAACCCGCAAGAACUGAAGGACCCAUAUUUACCUGCAGAAUUAGGUUCGGCCAAUAAACAGCCAACAAACUAUUUCUGCAAAACAUUAACAGCAAGUGACACAAGUACCCAUGGUGGGUUCUCUGUUCCCCGUCGAGCAGCUGAGAAAGUGUUCCCUCCACUUGAUUUCACCCAGCAACCUCCAUGCCAGGAGUUGAUGGCAAAUGAUCUUCAUGGCAAUGAGUGGAAAUUCCGUCACAUCUUUCGUGGUCAACCAAUGCGGCAUCUUCUAACUACAGGCUGGAGUGUCUUUGUAAGUGCAAAGAGACUCGUUGCUGGUGACUCUGUCCUUUUUUGGAAUGGCAAUAACCAGCUUCUGCUGGGAAUUCGUCGGGCAAAUCGGCCACAAACUGUCAUGCCAUCUUCUGUCUUAUGCAUGCAUAUCGGUCUUCUUGCUGCAGCUGCUCAUGCUGCUUCGACAAAUAGCCGGUUUACAAUUUUCUACAGCCCAAGGGCAAGCCCUUCAGAGUUUGUCAUACCGCUUGCAAAGUAUGUUAAGGCUGUGUAUCAUACCUGCAUAUCUAUGGGGAUGCGCUUCUGGAUGCUUUUUGAGACAGAAGAGUCUAGCGUUAGGAGAUACAUGUUGACAAUUACGGGAAUCAGUGAUCUUGAUUCUGUUCGGUGGCCAAAUUCACACUGGCGUUCUGUCAAGGUUGGCUGGGAUGAAUCAACUGCUGGUGAGAGACAGCCAAGGGUGUCACUAUGGGAGAUUGAGCCCCUGAUAACUUUCCCAAUGUAUCCAUCUCCUUCUCCGCUCAGGCUCAAGCGUCCACGGCCAACAGGCUUGCCUUCUCUGCAUGGUGGGAAGGAUGAUGACCUGGCUAAUUCUCUCAUGUGGCUUCGAGUUGGUGGAGGCAGGGGCGGGGUAACUCACCAGAGCCGAGGGUGGCCUCGCCGGAUCCGGAGCCGAGUGGGUUGA